AUGCGCAGGCCAGAUUCAGGUGCGGCCAUUUGUGUGUCCCCGAGGCUCCUUGUUGGCCGGCAUCCCACGCCGAGGGUGGUGGCGGCCGGCUUUCCAGAAAGGCCGCACACCAGGCUCAGCUCUGCUCGCGAGCAGGAGGCGACGACAGAGGAAACUUCAACCCGAUAAACUUCCCGGUCGCAGGGACAUUUGCGUCCUCCUGCCACUCACCGCCUCUGCUGUGGUCCCUCCCUCCAGGAAUCCUCAUAGCGUCCUCUCUCCCCACUCUCUCCCAUCCCGCGUCUCCCAUAUUUGCCCCAGCUUGGCUCAGGGCCACAGUUCCGCACUCUUCAGCCGGCGGCGCCCCCUGCAGUUGUUUCUACGCGGGAAAUAGGGCAGCCGCAUCCCAGCACCGCUGAGUGCCCAAGGAUGGUCAGCCAGCUAGAAACAAGAGUAAUGAUGGCACUUCACUCAGAGGUUUGUCCUGAGGCUUAAAUGAGGCGACAUGGACACAGCAUUUUAGCACAGGGCCAGGAAAAACACAAUAAACAUUCUGAAUUUACCAUGGACAACUUGAUUGCUACCAUAUGGGAUCUGCUUACUGCAGGAACAGAGACAACAAGCACCACAAUGAGAUAUGGAUUCUUGCUCCUUCUGAAGCACCCUGAGAUCUCAGCUAAAGUGCAGGAAGAAAUUGAUCAUGUGGUCGGCAAAAACCAAAGCCCCUGCAUGCAGGACAGGAGCCGCCUGCCCUACACGGAUGCUGUGGUGCAUGAGAUGCAGAGAUACAUUAACCUUGCCCCCACCAGCAUACCCCAUGCUGUGACUCAAGACAUUCGAUUUAGAGAAUACCUUAUUCCAAAGGGCACAACAAUCUUGACAGAUCUGACUUCUGUCCUGUAUGAUGACAAGGAAUUUCCCAAUCCAGAGAAGUUUGACCCUGGCCACUUCCUGGAUGAAAGUGGCAACUUUAAAAAGAGUGAUUAUUUCAUGGCUUUUUCAGCAGGAAAAAGAGCUUGUGCUGGAGAAGGCCUGGCCUGCAUGGAACUGUUUUUAUUCUUGACCACCAUUUUGCAGAAUUUUACCUUGAAACCUCUGGUUGAUCCAAAGGAUAUUGACAUCACCCCAGUUCACAAAGGGAUUGGCACUGUACCACCCUUCUAUGAGCUUUGUUUCAUUCCAGUCUGAUAAAAGGUCAGGCUGCUAGAUUGCAGAGCAAGGCCCUUGAGCCUCAUGUCAAAA